UUAAAAAUCUAUUUUUGAGAUGAAUUUUCAUACUCAAUUUUUAAGGGCACGUAAUCUCUAACACGAAGAUCAUGCAUAUAAAUAAAUAAACAAAUUUUACAAAAUAAAAACAAUGAAUUUACGAAAAAAACAUUUAGACCGUUCGUGGAAAACAGUUAGAUCGAGUCGGCUGGUAGAUUGGAAGCGAUGCUUCUAUAUCUAGGUGUCCAUUGAAGAGUUUUAUGCAAUUUUCGCCAGAGGUUUGAGGAGGAGGAAGGGAAUUUUAGCGUUUCUAGUUCCGGGUUUGCACUUCUCAGAGAAGGAGGAGGAUUGGUUCUGGUAGGUUUGGUUUGAGGAGUAUCAAAUGGCUUUGAGGAUAAUGAAUGGGAUUCUGCUGGUUUUGCUCGCCUUUUUUUGUUGGGAACUGCUCGGAUCUGAGGCACAAAGUUUGCCGCGGAGUGAAUUGAAUGCUCUGCGUCAAAUUGCAUCUAAACUAGGGAUGAUCGGGAACUUCAAUGUGGACCGCUGUAGCAGCGGAGGUUGGGUGCAUAGUACCACAAUAGACAGGGAGGCUAAUGUUACAUGCAACUGCACCUUUGUGAGCAACACUGUUUGUCACAUUGAGAUGAUUUCUUGGAAGGCCCAAAAUCUAUCUGGGAUAAUUCCUGAAGACUUUGUUAAUCUAACUCACCUUAAUGUACUGGAUUUUUCACGCAAUUACCUAAAUGGUUCUAUUCCUGAAGUUUUGUCUCGCCUGCCUUUGGUCCAGUUGUCCCUUUUGGGAAACAGAUUAUCUGGGCCAAUCCCGAAGAAGUUUGGAGACAUGAAGAACCUUACCGAAUUAGUUGUUGAGGCAAACCAGCUGGGCGGCAUUCUUCCAGAAGAACUUGGACACUUGAGCAAUUUGGAGAGACUUAUCCUUUCUUCAAAUGAAUUCACCGGAGAGUUGCCGACCACAUUCGCCAAGCUUACAAAUUUAACAGACUUUAGUAUUAAUGGGAACAAUAUUUCUGGCACCAUACCUGGUUUCAUUGGGAACUGGACGAAACUUAAGAAAUUAAUAAUCAGUGGUACAUCCAUGGAAGGACCAAUUCCUACAACCAUUUCUUCCUUGGAAGAUAUGGAGGACUUGAGGAUCACUGACCUAAGUGGGAAACCUUCUCCUUUCCCUCCAUUGGAGAAAAUGAAGAAGCUUAGGAAACUGAUUCUAAGAAACUGCUUAAUAUCUGGUGUCAUCCCACCAUACAUAGAAGAAAUGAAGGAUCUAAAAGACCUGUAA